AUGCGACGGUCGUCGACCGAGGACAUGAUGGAGGAGGCCAAGUCGUGGACGGGGCAGGAGCCGCGCCGCGACGGGCCGGGAGAGGAUGAUGACGAGGGACACGUCGGGGCUGCUGGCAGCUCCGAGACGGAGGCGUGUCUCGGGGAUGAUGACAACGAGACACUUGGAGAGUCCUCGUCCGGCUCUGCGGCGUCGCUGCCUAUCUAUGUGUCGAUGCAUCGUGUACGUCGGCUCAUCAUUGCAAGCAUAGAUGACCCCUAUACGCUUGAUCAGUUGAGCGACCCUAGGAUGAAUGUGCUCAUAGUAAGACCUCUUGUCGAGCGCCUGUUCCACCCAAAGGACAUCACCAUCGUUUACUGCUUGCUGGCCAACCGCCUCUACUUCCUCCGCCAGCAAGCCACCUCGGUCCACCAGCCCGUCAACAUGGCCCGCGCGACGCUCUGCGAGCUGGUCGCCACCCGCGUCCUCCGCCGCUUCCACGAGGCCAACCCGGGCUCCCAGGGCCUGCUCUUCCUCUCGCAUAUCCUCGUCGGUGGCUUCGAUCCCUUCGAGGGCGCUCCCGAGGCCGUCGAGUCCGUGGGCCGCCGUCAGUGGGCCGUCCAGGCCCGCGACGGCCUCGAGCGUAAGCUCACCGCCCUCGAGCUCGCCAUUCUCUCCGAGAGCAAGGCCUUCAUCAGCUCCCCCGGCUGCCAGCGCGUCGUCAACGCCGUCUACGAGGGCCGUGUCGUCUAUACCCCGCUGUCCUUCAUCGACAUCCUCCCGGACCACUACGAGUACCACCCCAUCUCCCUCUACGACCCGCGCAAGGCCCCCAUCCUCAACCACUACCGCCUCAUCGUCCCGCGCUCCCGCAACUUCAUCGAGUUUGUCCAGUUCCUCGUGCUCAUGGUCCUCUACUUCCUCGCCAUGCUCUACCGCCGCAGCAGCAACGAGGUCUUUGAGUUCCUCUUCUGCAUCUAUGCCGCCGGCUGGGUGCUCGAUGAGUUCGCCGCCGUCGUCGAGCACGGCUGGGAGGUGCACGCGCAGAACCUGUGGUCCUGGCUCGACGUCACCUUCUCCGCCAUCUACGGCGCCUACGUCGUCGCCCGCAUCUACGACGUCGCCGCCGGCCACUUCCCGGACGGCCACGGCCUGCACAUCCUCCCGCUCGCCGCGCCCAUCCUGCUGACCCGCAUCGCCUUCAACAUCGCCCCGGACAACAUCGUGCUCAUCUCACUGCAUGCCAUGAUGAAGGACUUUCUGCUGCUGUCCUUCCUCGCCUGCUGGUGCUUCAUGGGCUUCCUGCUCGCCCUGCAGUGGCUCAUCGACUCCAAUGACAACUUGAACGAGACGCUCUCGUGGUUCACCAUUGGCAAGUGGAUGCUCUGGAUCUGGUUCGGCCUCGACGGCACCGGCAUCGAGGAAUCGGUGCAGUUCCACAUCGUCCUCGGCCCCGCCCUGAUGAUCGGCUUCGCCUUCCUGGGCAACACGCUGUUCCUGACCAUCCUCGUCGCCAUGCUCACAAACACCUUCUCCAAGAUCAUCGCGGACGAGACCGCCGAGGUGCAGUUCCGCCGCGCCGUCCUGACCUUCGAGGGCGCCAAGAGCGACGCCAUCUUCGCCUACCCGCCCCCCUUUAACAUCUUCGCCCUCGCGACGCUGCUGCCGCUGCGCUUCCUCGUGUCGCCCGAGACCUUCCAUAGGGUCAACGUCGCUCUCAUCCGUGCGCUGAACCUGCCGACGCUGCUGCUCAUCAGCCUUUACGAGCGGCGCCAGUUCUCGCGGCGGUCGAGGGCCAAGACGGGCUCGUCGCUGCUGAGCUGGAAGUUCGCGGGCUUCUCGCCCCACGGGGACGUCCAGGCCGUGUUCGAGACGCCGCCGCCGCCGCACGUGGCGGACCUGAUUGAGGAGCUGGACAAGCUUGGCGACGAGGGGGGCUCUGUCGCGGAGGAGGUCGUGCCCAGGCUGUCUUUGGACCUGAGCCGACCUAUACGGUGGAAGCCGAAGCUACGGAAUGAUGUCCAGGAGCAUGAUGAUUGA